AUGCAGAACCACAGCAAUCCUGGAGAUGGAUCGGGCAGUGUUGCUCUCUUGGGAACUUCUGCACAUGAAUCUGAUUCCUCAGCGAAUGACGGUAGCCCCUACAUUUCGGUUGUUUCACUUUGGAAGGUCUUCGGCAGGAAUCCGGAACGGGUGAUGGCCCCCGAGUACGCGGAGAAGGACAAGUCUUUCUUCCAGAGUGAGUAUGGGAAUGUGGUCGGUUUGCGGGAUGUUAGUUUCGACGUCAGGAAAGGUGAAACCUUCGUGGUCAUGGGUCUCUCCGGCAGCGGCAAGUCGACGUUAGUCCGAUGCCUGCUCAGGUUAAUAGAGCCCACCGCAGGAGACAUCCUUAUAGCUGGUGAGAAUGUCACCAAAAUGACGGACAAAGAAUUGGUAGACUUCCGGCGCGCCAAAAUAGCAAUGGUAUUCCAGCAUUACGGCCUGAUGCCCCAUAGAAACGUGCUGGACAACGCGGCUUGGGGCCUGGAAGUACAAGGCGUGGAAAAGGAAAACCGGAACGACCGGACCAGGAAAGUGCUGGAAAUGGUCGGGCUGGCAGGGUGGGAGGAUGCCUACCCACGCCAAUUGUCGGGCGGCAUGCAACAGAGAGUUGGAUUGGCCCGAGCGCUGGUAGUGGAUACUGACAUUCUGCUGAUGGAUGAGCCAUUCAGCGGGCUUGAUCCUUUGAUCCGGCGCCAAAUGCAGGACGAACUCCUGAAUCUGCAAACCGAACUGCAGAAGACCAUCGUAUUCAUUACACACGACCUCAACGAGGCGCUAAAGUUGGGAGACCAAAUUGCCAUCAUGCACGACGGAGCUGUGGCCCAGAUUGGCUCCCCUGAAGAUAUUGUCCUACGCCCCGAGGACGAAUACGUGGGAGACUUUACCCAGGAUGUACGCUUGGAAAGUGUGCUGACUGCCAGCAAGGUAAUGGUAUCGCCCAAGGCGACGGUUAUGGGCCGCCAGGGACCCCGAGCUGCCUUGCAUACCAUUGGGGAAAGCGACGGUGAUGUUGCAUGGGUGGUCGACAGUCACGAAAAAUACGUGGGUCUUUUGUCAAUUAGCAACGCAGAGCGGGCUCUACGCGCUGGUGUGAAGCGGGUUGACGAGGCCUGGGACUUGUGGACCGAAGUUACCUGCCGGUUUCUCCGGCUACAACGUUCGAUUCCUUGA